CCAAAUAUCCAUGACAGUUGAUGAUGACGAAAUUUUGAAUUAUGGGUCUGAAACCGAUGAGGAAGUUCAUUCUAAAAUUGGUUCGCAUCUGUUUGAGGUUUUUGCCCAGAUUGGUAUGGUUAGCGUAGGAGAAGGAAGUAUGGAGCAUGAAGAAACUAAGAGAAGCUUUCUUUUGGGUAUGGGAUUGGUUUCCAAGGACACAAAUAUUGUGGCUAUAAAUAAGAUAAAACCAAACUUUAGCUUAACAAGACAGGCCAAGGUCAAGUCCUUUCAGAUUUUCUCUGAGGCAGUGACUGAAAAAUGUGGUGGGGAUGCAAAUAUUAAGCAUGCUUGGUAUGGUGGUUCGAGGGACGAGAUUUGUGGGAUUGUAUCUCAUGGUUUCAGUUCGUGUGCAACAAAUGCAAAGCAAGAUUUUCAUGGUGUUGGUGUCCAAUUGUUUCCGGUUAAGCUUUCCAUCGAUGGUGCAUUGUCCUCUGUUGCUGAUGAAAGUGGGGUAAGACAUAUACUACUAUGCCGAGUGAUAAUUGGGAAACCUGAAGUUGUUAAAAGUUCAAAGCAAUUUCAUCCUAGUUCUAAUGAGUUCGACUCUGGUGUGGACAAUCUUUUGUUCCCUAGAAAAUAUAUCAUAUGGAAUGCUUUCAUUAAUUCUCAUAUUUUCCCUGAAUAUGUCAUAAGUUUCAAGUCACCUUGCUUAAAGGAGUUUCAAAGAAAGCAGGCAGGAAAUGCAUUAAAACCCUUAAAACCACCCAAAUCUCCAUGGAUUAGCUUCCCUACUUUAAUUUCCAUAUUAUCAGAGAUUUUGCCUCCUAAAAAAUCAUCUGAGAUUGUCAAAUGCCAUAAUGAAUUCCGGGCAAAAAAGAUCAGACGGAUGCAGCUAGUACAGAAAGUGAGGACCAUAGCCGGAGACAAGUUGUUAGAUGCUGUGAUUAAAUCUAUAAAUAAUAUCAGGAAAAAAAGCUAGUUUUGGAUUAGAGGGUUCUGAUUAAGAAUGGAUUUCUUUUUUCUUUUUUAUA